CCUUGCUGGUGUGUGGGCGGCUGUGAUCAUGGGCGUGACGGUGACUCUACCCCAGGACGCCCACGCCCGCCAGGAACCCACGGGAAUCCCAGGAGGCUUGAACGGUGACCUUGGUUUUAAGGAUAACCUUGGCUUGAAGGGGAAGCACCCGAAGUUCAAGGAGAACCCUAGCUUCAAAGGUGACCCUGGCUUGCCUAGUGACAGGGGGUUUGACCUCUCUGAGUACGGGAGCUCAAAGAAGGGUCGGUCGCGGUCCAAGAGAUAUGUCCUAACCUUCCCUCUGCUCUCAACCUUCACCUUCGUCAACAAGUUAAAGAUUCCGCUCUUCAGUCAGUUCAGCAGUAACUUCAGUGGAGUAUUUAAAGGGUUUAUUCGAGGUAUUUACUUGCUGCCCAACGACAUAGUGUCAGCUGGCAGGAGCAACAUAGAUGAAGAUCGUCUUCAAACCUACAACUCCAUAGAAUCUCUGUUUUCUAACUUUGGCAUCAAUGGAAGAGACUGUCUUCUUAAAGCCAUCUGUAAGAUGGCUGAGGACCCAACAGAUGACUACGGCCUUGUGGGACAACUACUGGGACUAUUACUGUCGCCUGGCCACGGGCUGAGCACUGCAGGUAAGGAACUGAGGGAUCACUGCCAAGCUGAGAACUAUGGUCGCAGUGUAGGUAACUGUGACCUUGCAUACUCUUCAUGUCCCUUCAACCUGGCCGAGCUGCUCACUACAGGACUCUCCCUCCUCGAAGGAUCUCUGUCAGGAUUCCCGGAGUUGUGAAGUCUUCCCGGGGUCAUCAGAGUUAGUCCUCUAGACUCACGAUGUCGUAACGACACGAUUGUAAACGAAGUUGCAAAGGUAAUGAACUGUUUUUAUGUUUAAAUCUACGACCAGAUAUAAACAUGUAAAUAGUUCAUUACCUCGGUAACCUGUUCAGUCCCUGAACCCAUGAUGUACCUCUGUAAUGUUGAGGUACAGUCCCUGGACCCAUGAUGUACCUCUGUAAUUUUUUUAUUUCCGCCCACACGAUGGGUACGGGGUGCAUAAUAAACAUGUUAAACUAACUUAAACUAACGGGAAUGUGAGUUUGAGGACUAGCUCGUCAUGGUUUCAAGCCCCUACACGUUUCCUGAGCCGAUUAUUUUCCCUUGAGGGUUCCUAGGGUUCAUGAAGCUUACAGGGCUGCCUGAAGACGUGGUGAAACGGUUCGUACCAAGGAUCCUUCAUUUUCUUGCACCUUUCGCAGGAUAUCUCAAGAUUUACUUGACAAACCUUACCCACAGUUUCUCCAGAACUUCAAACAUUUAGGUAACGCUUCACAAGAUGUUAAGUAACCCACCUGAGGAUCUCAAGUAACCCUCCUGAGGAUCUCAAGCAACCCUCCUGAGGAUCUCAAGUAACCCUCCUGAGGAUCUCAAGUAACCCUCCUGAGGAUCUCAAGUAACCCUCCUGAGGAUCUCAAGUAACCCACCUGAGGAUCUCAAGUAACCCACCUGAGGAUCUCAAGUAACCCACCUGAGGAUCUCAAGUAACCCUCCUGAGGAUCUCAAGUAACCCACCUGAGGAUCUCAAGCAACCCUCCUGAGGAUCUCAAGUAACCCACCUGAGGAUCUCAAGUAACCCACCUGAGGAUCUCAAGUAACCCACCUGAGGAUCUCAAGUAACCCACCUGAGGAUCUCAAGCAACCCUCCUGAGGAUCUCAAGUAACCCACCUGAGGAUCUCAAGUAACCCUCCUGAGGAUCUUUUAGAAUUUGUCAAGCAGAUUUCUUGAGUUCCAAAAUCCCAUGACGAACACCUGCAGAGGACCACAAGAUUCCUUUCUGCGUUCCGAACACCUGCAGAGGACCACAAGAUUCCUUUCUGCGUUCCGAACACCUGCAGAGGACCACAAGAUUCCUUUCUGCAUUCCGAACACCUGCAGAGGACCACAAGAUUCCUUUCUGCAUUCCGAACACCUGCAGAGGACCACAAGAUUCCUUCCUGCGUUCCGAACACCUGCAGAGGACCACAAGAUUCCUUUCUGCGUUCCGAACACCUGCAGAGGACCACAAGAUUCCUUUCUGCGUUCCGAACACCUGCAGAGGACCACAAGAUUCCUUCCUGCGUUCCGAACACCGAAAUCCUCUCUGUAUUCUGUGAAUACAGGAUCUACGACCCCUGACAGUGGUAAUCUACGAGGAUAGGACUAACGACCCUACAUGAAGUACUGUAGAAUUGUGAACUUUCUGGGUACCUACAAACAUGAACCCAGGGGAACAGUAGCUGCGCCUUCACUUCCUCGUAUCAAACCUCAUUACCUCCUAUUUCUCAGGCAUUGUGUGA